UAGUAUAAUUGUUUUGAGUCCACCUCAUAAUUCUGUCUCCGCUCUGUUUCCGGUGGUCCAUGCACUUUUGACUCUACCUUUCAUUUGCUGUUUCCGGUUUGGGUUUGUCGUUCUUUUUAAUCAGGUGUUUUGAAGACUUGCAAGUAUGACAGAUUCAAAGUAUUUCACAACUAAUAAAAAAGGAGAGAUAUUUGAAUUGAAGGCUGAGCUGAACAAUGAGAAAAAAGAGAAGAGAAAGGAAGCUGUGAAGAAGGUGAUUGCUGCCAUGACUGUGGGAAAGGAUGUCAGCUCUCUCUUCCCUGAUGUUGUGAACUGUAUGCAGACAGAUAACCUAGAACUGAAGAAGCUUGUGUACCUCUAUUUGAUGAACUAUGCAAAAAGCCAACCGGAUAUGGCAAUCAUGGCAGUGAACAGCUUUGUGAAGGACUGUGAAGACCCAAACCCACUGAUCAGAGCCCUUGCAGUGCGCACAAUGGGGUGUAUCAGAGUUGAUAAGAUCACAGAAUACCUGUGUGAACCCCUUCGGAAGUGUCUGAAAGAUGAAGACCCAUAUGUAAGGAAGACUGCAGCUGUGUGUGUAGCUAAGCUACAUGAUAUUAAUGCGCAGAUGGUGGAAGAUCAAGGCUUCCUGGAUUCUUUGCGAGACUUGAUUGCAGAUUCCAAUCCUAUGGUUGUAGCCAAUGCAGUAGCUGCCUUGUCUGAGAUUAGCGAGUCUCAUCCAAACAGCAACCUACUCGACCUUAACCCCCAGAAUAUUAACAAGCUGCUGACAGCCCUUAAUGAGUGCACAGAGUGGGGGCAGAUCUUCAUUCUGGACUGUCUCUCUAACUACAACCCCAAAGAUGACAGAGAGGCUCAGAGUAUUUGUGAGCGAGUUACCCCUCGUCUUUCCCAUGCCAACUCUGCUGUGGUACUGUCUGCAGUGAAGGUUUUGAUGAAAUUUCUGGAGCUGCUUCCCAAGGAUUCUGACUACUAUAGCACCUUGCUGAAGAAAUUGGCUCCGCCUCUUGUCACUCUGCUGUCUGGGGAGCCAGAAGUUCAGUAUGUUGCUCUUAGGAAUAUCAACCUCAUUGUUCAGAAGAGGCCUGAGAUCCUGAAGCAGGAAAUCAAAGUCUUCUUUGUGAAGUACAAUGAUCCUAUAUAUGUAAAGUUGGAGAAGCUGGAUAUUAUGAUUCGCCUGGCAUCUCAGGCUAACAUUGCUCAGGUGCUUGCAGAACUGAAGGAAUAUGCAACAGAAGUAGAUGUUGACUUCGUCCGAAAAGCAGUGAGAGCCAUUGGAAGAUGCGCUAUCAAAGUUGAGCAAUCUGCGGAGCGAUGUGUGAGUACCCUGCUUGAUCUGAUCCAAACAAAGGUCAACUAUGUCGUGCAGGAAGCCAUUGUUGUAAUUAGAGACAUUUUUCGCAAGUACCCUAAUAAGUAUGAGAGCAUCAUUGCCACCUUAUGUGAGAAUCUGGACUCUCUGGAUGAGCCAGAUGCUAGAGCAGCCAUGAUCUGGAUUGUGGGUGAAUAUGCAGAAAGAAUCGAUAAUGCAGAUGAACUUCUAGAAAGCUUUUUAGAGGGGUUCCAUGAUGAAAGCACUCAGGUCCAGUUAACAUUGCUUACUGCAAUUGUAAAACUGUUCUUGAAGAAACCUUCAGAAACUCAGGAGCUAGUUCAGCAGGUCCUCAGCUUGGCCACACAGGAUUCAGAUAACCCAGAUCUCCGUGACCGUGGCUACAUCUACUGGCGUCUUUUGUCCACAGACCCAGUCACUGCAAAGGAGGUUGUUCUGUCAGAGAAGCCCUUGAUUUCUGAGGAAACAGACUUGAUCGAGCCAACAUUAUUGGAUGAGCUGAUCUGCCAUAUUGGAUCACUGGCUUCUGUGUAUCACAAACCACCAACUGCAUUUGUGGAAGGCAGCCAUGGAGUUCACCGGAAACAUCUGCCAAUUCAGCAUGGAAGUAUUGAUACUGGUGACAGCCCCGUUGGUACUGCCUCAUCUGGAGCACUGGAUCAACCUCAGGUGAUCCCAUCUCAGGGAGACCUCCUUGGUGAUCUGCUGAAUCUUGACCUGGGCCCACCAGUCAACGUUCCUCAGGUGUCUUCAAUGCAGAUGGGUGCAGUGGACCUCCUUGGUGGUGGAUUGGAUAGCUUAAUGGGAGAGGACACCCAAUGGCUUGGAGGUGACCUUGGAGGAAACAUUGGAGGAAGUCCAGCAGUGGGACAAAGCUACAUUCCAUCAUCUGUGCCUACAAGUUUUGCUCCCUCCCCUACUCCAGCUGUUGUAAGCAGUGGGCUGAAUGAUUUGUUUGAACUAUCCUCUGGUAUGGUCAUGACAUCUGGUGGCUACAUAUCACCAAAGUCGGUUUGGCUACCUGCUGUGAAAGCUAAAGGUCUCGAGAUAGGAGGUACAUUUUCUCACCGGCAAGGCCACAUAUACAUGGAUAUGACCUUCACUAAUAAGGCUCUACAGCAUAUGACUGAUUUUGCCAUCCAGUUUAACAAAAACAGUUUUGGGGUUAUCCCAAGUACUCCCCUUCCAGUUCACACUCCUCUGAUGCCCAACCAAAGCAUUGAUAUCUCCUUGCCCCUCAACACUAUGGGACCUGUCAUGAAAAUGGAGCCUCUGAAUAAUCUACAGGUUGCAGUGAAGAACAACAUUGAUGUUUUCUAUUUCAGUUGUUUAAUUCCACUCAACAUACUUUUUGUGGAAGAUGGCAAAAUGGAAAGGCAAGUCUUCCUUGCAACGUGGAAAGACAUUCCCAACGAAAAUGAACUUCAGUUCCAGAUUAAAGAUUGUCAUUUGAAUGCAGAUGCAGUUUCCAAUAAACUGCAGAAUAAUAAUGUGUACACUAUUGCAAAGAGAAAUGUGGAGGGACAGGACAUGUUGUAUCAGUCUCUGAAACUAACCAAUGGAAUAUGGAUCUUAGCAGAACUGAGAAUUCAGCCAGGGAACCCUAAUUACACGCUUUCACUGAAGUGCCGUGCUCCAGAGGUGUCACAGUAUGUCUACCAAGUCUACGAUGCCAUACUUAAAAACUGAAGAAGAGCAGUCCUCCUUUGAUCAGCUGGACUUCAUUGUCACAGCAGUGCAUAUGGGCAAUUAGCUGAGAAAGGCCAUGUUCUUUCUUAGGGUUUUGAUCAAACGCACUGAUGAAAAAAAUGAUUUAGAGUUUGCGUACUGAUAGGAAGCAGUCUCAAUUUUUAGUGACCAUGAAACUUUGUAACCACUGUUUAAACCACUAUAUUCCAUUUCAUUAGCUUUGUAUAUUUUGUGCCAAUAUUAUAAUUUUCUGAACAAGUUUUAAAAAUAUCCAUUUUAUUUACCAAAGGCCUUCGUUAAUGAAAUCUUUUCAUUUAUGUUAAACUGAACUGUGUCAUCAAACAUGUACGUUGCACUUUAUCUUUUGUUUUGUUUCUUUGAUCACAGGUCCUUUUAUAUGUUGGCUGUGGUGGUACAACAGUGUAGUAAAAUGCAAGUUCUAAGUGCUACUACUUACUGAGAUGUGUUUCUUGCAGUCUUCAGCAUUCUGCCUUGCAAUCAUCUGUCAUACGUUCAUAAUAUAAUUUUUUGUGCACAGUGGUGGGGAUGGUUAAAUUAGCUUUCUACUCAAGUACCAGGCUUGUUACCAGGUAGUACAGUGGCAUUUUGUAGUAGUAGACCUUACUUAGAUUUUAGUGGGUUAAAUAUAUGAAGUGGUAGUUGAAACAUGUUGUAAGGUAUUUUAAAAUUCAGACCAGUUUAUUUGUGAAAAUUGUCAGUGGCGACAUUCUGAGCUGUCUUCUAAAUCUUAGCCGUUACUUGUUGACAAAAAAGUUGAAAACAAUGAAGAAAAGUCAACAGAUCCAUUUUUUUCACUCUGUACCUAAAUGCUGAGUGACAAAUUCAUGUGUUGACAUUGUGACACUAGUACAUGUGUUUUUCUUGUGAACUUGUUCCGUUUGCUAGUGACCUAUUUUGAAGGAAGAAGCAAAACAGCAUUGAAUACAAAAUGUUCCUUGUGUAACUCAUUACCGUGCUAGAUGAAAGUGACAUUUGUUAAAGCUACUUUCAAGUACUUACUAAUUUUUGCAGUGCAUGUGUGUCUGCAUGCCCAAAAUACCAUGCCAGUUUGAGAAACCAUACCUUUGUUUUGUACUGUAUUUUCUGCAGUUCUUUAAUACAUUUUCAUACACUCUGUGAAUUGAUUUCAUCCAUCAUUUGCAAUAAAAACAUUUACACAUCAUUGUAAA